UCUGGCUUUUUAUUGGAAAGGUACACGAAACACGAUUUCAAUUCAGUUUCAGUUUGUCAGUUUGAGGUUAAACAACGGCUACCGCUUAGCUGCUGCUGCUGACACAUUCUCCUAUCUCUCGCUCGUCCGUCUCGGCCGUUCUGUGUGCGUUUUCUUUGCGCAACCGUCAAACAGACCAAAAUCAAACCAACAAAAAAAAAUAUACACAAAAUAUUUGAAUGAAACGUUGGAAUUUUUGUCAAGGGUCGCUCGAAAUUUGAUGUUACAUGCGAUGAUGUGCACUUAUAUGUGAUCCGACGAUCGGCAUUGUAUCUAUAUCUACCUGACUACAUAUCUCUCUUUUUUUAUUAUCGCAAUCGAUACUUUUUUUUGGUUUUCAUUUUCGGGUAAAUAUAGAAUUUCGUGGGUUUGAUUGAAUCAGCGCUCCUCGUGUCGUGUAUAAGCAUGUUGGGGUUUACCUAUUUGUAACAAGCAAACGAAGGUGCAAAUUAAAUAAACAAAAGUAGUAGAAUCAAUAUUGGCAUAAACUAGAAUCGGGAACGGCAUACUAUAAUAUCGAAGUGAAUCGAAUCGAAUAGAUUCCGAUAAGUAUUCUUAUCAUUGACUAUAGGAGCACUAUGUAAGCUUUAUUGCAAUAUCAUAAAUUAAUUGUCUGUGAUUUUGUUGUGUUGCUUUCUGUGUUGCCAUUAUUUUAUGGACUUGGCAAAGCGGCUUCUUGGAAGACAACGCAGCCAAGACUUGAACGUAAACGUGUGUGCUUGUGUGAAAAAGAAUGAGAGCAUAUACAACUCCGUUCCCGGUGUGACUUCUUCACAAUCCAUUCUGUCCGGUUUAGUUCUUUUUUUUAAAAUUCCUUCUUUACCAAGAAGAAAACGUUAAGAAAACCAAGUUUUUUUUUGUUUGUUUUAUUGCAAAUGAAGACGUUUCUUCCUCAAAAUAUUAACAAAAAGAAUAAAAAAUAAAUUCGCACUAAAGAUACAAACGAAAAAACGUGAGUCAGAAUCGGGCCGAAACAGUGAAAAGACAGCGGCAAGUGUUUGAAGGUUUAUUCGUUUUGUUUUACGGUCAGAGAUUUGUAUCUGAUUUUUGCAGUUUUUAUUUUUUUAAUGCCUUUCUGUGGCCAAAGUCCAAAGAAGUGAAAACCGGGCAUCUAAAUUUAGAGAUACCAAAAAUAACAUUUCUACCACACAAAAAAUACAAAAAACACCAAUGUGAACUCCGCAACAAUUCAGUGACAAUCAUCAUAAAGUUUGGCCCUUUUGGUCUGUCUCGCUAUAUACGGACCAAGGUACCUAACAAUCUCUCUAAACAGCAGACAGACAGAUCCAAGCAUUGUUGGAUCCACCGCAACACAAGAGAUGUCUUUAAAGGAUAAACUAUUUCAAAAUACUUGGGGCAGCAACAAAACGACUGGUCGCCGGUCUGGAAGUGGGUAUAGCUGCAGUUUUUUAGACCUUCAAUCAAUACGACGUUUGUUAGAACAUGAAACCAGUGGCGCAGUCUGUCCAAGUUGUCGAAUUUCAUUUGACAAAGGAAAGCGGCGAAAAUUGAUUGACACCUGUGGCCAUGAGAGAUGCUAUUCCUGUAUGUUUCGCAACGACCAGUGUCCAAUGUGCAUGAAUAGCUCCUUGAAAGAUGUCGACUGUAGUAAUACCCAAGGCUAUGAUACGGGCAUUGGCGGAUCGACAUCAACAAUUGUUAGUCCUCUGGGGUCUCCACAGCCACAGCUAAGAUCACAAUUGCGCACAAAUGCCGCUGCUUUGUCAAAAUAUAUGCAGAAUCGCCAGGAGUCGAUAUCACCAGAUUUUCGAUAUGCUAGCGUUGGCAAAUUACCCAAAUCAUUAAGUUCCACGAAUGGAGGAACAAUCGCCACAACACUACCAACACCAACAACAACACAACAAGCAUCAACAACUGCCACCACAACAUCAUCUUCAGGCAAUGACAAUAACAACAGCUUUGGAGAAAUCGCUAAUGCUACAGCAGCAGCAUUUGCUACACCACCACCGACUAGAAGAAGAUUUUUCAAUCAUAAAAAUUUAAGGAGUGCACUGACCGGUGGUCAUCGGAGAACGGCAUCUAAUGGUUGUCCAAUUGAUACGUCAUCAAUUUUAUCUGGUGGCGUUGGAGACGGUUUAAAUUCGCCCUCUGUAUCGAAUGGCAAGCAACAAAAUGAAGAGGAACUUCGAACUAGACUCGGUCUUCUCCUCGACACAGGAAAAUCUAGCAGCUCGACAAACAUCAGUCCCGACUCACAAACCCUUACCGAGUCCUCCGAGUACACCGAAACCAAUAACCGUUUCAAAUCAAAAGACUACAACAAGACAUUCGGUAGUCAAUUUUCGGUGGCCGCUAAAGAUGAAGUUGGAAGUAUUGCUGGAAAAUUCAAAGCAUUUUCCAUCAACGAACGCUCUGAUGGAUUUGACUGUCCCAAAUUGCGAAAGACAAUGGUCAGACGAUCGGCCAGAUCGCAACUUCGCAAUACUGCUGGGAUCUAUAAGUCAAGUCCGGCACAAGCCGUUCAACUUGCCCUUAAACCGUUAUUUUUCGAAGUUCCACUUCAAGAACCCGAUCCACCUUUCAUUGGGCGCCAGUGGCUUUUACGAGAACUAUCAAACAUUCUCACAACAACCGAAACUCCUGGAGUACUGAUAAAUGGUAACCCUGGAACAGGCAAAACCGCCUUAGUUCUGCAGCUUGUCGAGUACUCAUGUUUCGGUCGACGCAAGGAUGUCCCCUACACUGAGACCGAUGGAAUCUAUUGCCAGAUUAAUAUUGGCCAUGAUAGGCUGAAAGCUCUUGCCUCUCAUAUUGUUGGCUAUCAUUUUUGCCAAGCUGACACGAAUUUAACCUGUCUGGUGCCAGAUUUCGUGCAUUCUCUUGCCGCCCAGCUCUGCCAGGCUCCACAAUUGGUUGCCUACCGGCAGUACCUCAUAAAUGAGCCACACCUUCAGAAUAUACUUUGCGUGAAAGAGUGCAUUGCCGAUGCUGAGAGAGUUAUGCGAAUGGCCAUCCUAGAACCACUGACCAUUUUAAAACGUUCUGGGAAAAUCGCCUCAAAAACUUGUGUCAUCCUUAUCGAUGCUUUGUGUGAAGCUGAAUAUCAUCGACCCGAUCAUGGUCAUACAAUUGGAACAUUUCUUGCCAAAAUGACACAGUACUUUCCUUCAUGGCUGAAAGUAGUUGCUACUGUUCGGACACAGAUGUUGGAGCUCGUUAAGGGACUCUCUUUCACUAAGAUGACUCUCGAUAGCUGGGCUUCAAAUGAUCUCCUACAAAAAGACAUGCUCGAUUACAUCACAUUCCGAGUUAAUCAUAGCGCCGAAAUUCAGAAUAACAUUUCUGGCACUAUUAAAGAACACACUUCGGGACAAUUGAAGUUUAUUGGCCAUCUUCAGGCGUUAACCAAAGGUUCGUUUUUGUAUGCCAAACUAAUUCUAGAUCUCAUCGAACGUGGACAAUUGGUGAUUAAGUCGACAAGUUACAAAGUGCUGCCAGUUUCCUUGGCGCAAAUAUUCUUACUGCACUUUAAUCUGAGAUUCCCGACUGGUUCGAGCUUUGAAAAAGCUUCUCCAAUUCUGAAUGUGUGCCUUGCUGCGCUUUACCCACUGACACUGAAUGCCAUUUACUAUACGAUAUGUGCUCUCAAGACCGAUGAGAUCAUGAGCUGGGAUGAAUUUCUACAGCGUUUCAAACUCCUCGAUGGUUUUUUGGUCAAGCGCAUAGAUAACACUUAUAUGUUUUUCCAUCCAUCGUUUAGAGAGUGGCUUAUCAGGAGAGAUGAUGGCGAGUCAAUGAAGUUCUUGUGCGAUUUCAGACUUGGCCAUGCAGCUAUUGCUUUCCGGUUGUCAAGACUACAGCCACCUCUUGACCCAGAGCAAACCUUAGAACUGGGCCAUCAUAUUCUGAAAGCUCACAUCUAUCGGAAUUCCAAAGGUCCACCAUCACCAAGGGAUAUGCAGUCGUUUUGGAUUGCAAGCGUCACAGACUCAAUAUCGGCAGCUUUAGGCUCCUUGCGGAAUGUCUACAAUCCAAACAUGAAGGUGUCACGGCUACUUCUUCUGGCCGGUGCCUCGCCGCAUUACCAAACAGAGUUUAUGGGUGAUGCAACAAUACUUUGUAUAGCUGCCCAUGAGGGAAUAGUUCCCAUGGUUAGUUUGCUGUUAGAAUUUGGAGCUGAUGUUGAAAAGACAAACAGUCAAGGUUGUACACCUUUGAUUUUGGCCGCAAUGAAAGGUCAUUGUGAUGUUUUGCGUCUUUUGGUUGCUGCCGGCAGCAGCCUGGGACAGACAGACACUACCCAGAGGUGUGCGUUGGUUCAUGCUGCGAGAACUGGAAGACUGAAUGUUGUGAAGUAUUUGCUGGCAAGUGACUGGACACCGAGACAGAGCAGCAAUGACAUAAGUCUGGAGAAGGCUAUGCAGCAGGCUUUAAUAGGAGCUGCAUCGCAAGAUCACACAACAAUUGUGGAAGACUUGUUGGAAAUGGAGAAUGUCUAUAUUAAUGACAUUGAGCCGUUGAGCGGCGAAACAGCUUUAACAGCGGCUGCUAGAAAUGGAUGUGUCGAUACUGUGGCAGUGUUGCUGUCUCGGGGAGGUAAAGUCGAUGGGAGGAAUAAAUUCGGUGCGACCCCACUUUGGUUAACAGUGAAGGAAGGUCACUGGGCGGUUGCGGAAAAACUGCUUCAGAACGGAGCUCAAAUCGACGAAGCAGUAAUUCCCACUAAGAAAACUCCUUUGAUGAUAGCUGCCGAAGAGGGUCUAAUAGGAAUAUUAGAGCUUCUCAUCGAUCGAGGUGCUUCAAUUGACUCGGAAGACUCUGAAGGCUUUACGGCUUUAUCUUGGGCGUGUUUGCGGGGCAGGCAUACUGCUGCCAAAUGUUUGAUUGAAAAAGGCUGUGACAAGGAGCAUGCCGAUAACAAUGGUCGCACACCACUCGAUCUUGCCGCCUAUCAGGGUUCCGCAAGUCUGGUGCAGUAUCUGCUUGACCAAGGAGCCAAAAUUGAGCAUAUCGAUAUAAACGGUAUGCGGCCAUUAGAUAGGGCAAUAGCUUGCCGAAAUAUCCAAGUUGUUCAGGUCUUUCUAAAGCGCGGAGCUAAAUUAGGACCGACAACUUGGAGUAUGGCCAUGGGCAAACCAGAAAUUUUGGUUGUCCUACUGAAUAAGCUGCUAGAAGAUGGCAAUGUUUUGUAUAGAAAAAAUCGUUUCCAAGAAGCUGCUCAUAGGUACCAGUAUGCGCUGAAGAAGAUCGCCAACAUUGAAACUCUCUUGGACAAGAAUUCUGUCUUCACGCAGCUUCGGGCAAACUUGUUGCUAAAUCUUUCGCGGUGCAAGAGAAAAUUAAAUGAACUUGACGAAUCAACAGAAUUAGCCACACAAGCUAUCGACCAGAAACCAACGAGCUACGAAGGUUACUAUGCCAGAGCUAAGGCUAAAAUGGAACAAGGCCUACUAAAUGAUGCUUUAGUUGAUGCAAAUGAAGCCAUGCAAAAGGCCGCCCAAAGCGGGGUCUUGCCAGAAGUUGUUGAAGUUUUGAGGCGAAUUCAAAAUGAAUUACUUGUAAGAAUUACUGAAGUCAACCACGGCAAUAGCAUGGCCAACGGUUGCAAUGAGACUGAGUCUCAAAACGAAAUGACCGACUUGUAGGUUCUCUUAGAAUUAUAUUUUAAAAUGCUUCUUUAUUUUUUUCUAAGUUUAACAAAAAAUAUUAAAAGUUUCUUUAAGGUCUAUGUUUUUUUGAAAAUAUCUAUGUAAACCUUUUGACUACAUUUUCAUGUUUCAUGAAAAUAAAUAGACUAUCGAGAAUAUUUUGUAGAAGUAUAUAACUAUAUAUCAUAUUUUAUUUAAUUUCUUUUUAAAUAUUUAUAAACUUUAAUCUAAACAUAAAAACACACCAUGUAUAUAUUUUGCAUUGUAUUUUAGUUCACUA